ACGGUUUGUUGAGUCCUGACCGUCAGUAGGGGGCGCUAAUAUGUUGUGGACGCAAUGAAGAAACCUCGUGAUCAAUAUUUACGGAAGUGCUGCCUCUUCUUUAACUGGAGUAUAUGCUCAGGCUGUCAUCUCUGCUGUGGCGAGUCAUUUAAACAGAAUUUCUUGAGAUAAACCGAUUUUAUUAACCGCAAAGAUAAAAGUCUGCAGAGCUUUAACUAAGCUCCAAACCCACGUGUGCUCACAUGUUAGCUCGUAAACAGUAACAGGGAUAACUGCUGUUAGCUGCUUCAGCUAACUAGCUUUAAACCUCAGAGCCAACAACAACCUCUCCGGUGGGACAUGGUUCUCUCAUUGUUAGUCCGGGUGUGUUUACACGUCGUGUGAAGUCUCUGUAGACGGUUGAUUUAUACGGUCUUUGUUUUUCUCGCUGCCAUUUUUUGGAAACGUUAACGGAAGCUAACUGUUAGCUUGCUAGCCGAACGUUAGCACGAUGGGAGCCGAACAGAGUGUAGACUCGGAGCACAAGCACUCGGACUACAGCUCAUCCGUGGUUCCCUCCCCAGCGAAGCAUAAAGCAAAGAUGGAUGACAUCGUUGUCGUGGCUCCGGGGACCCAGUCGAUGAGAAAUAUCCACAACGACCCCGAUGUCAUCAAGCUUCAGGAGAUACCGACCUUUCAGCCUCUUCUAAAAGGAGUGCUGAGCGGGCAGACGUCACCCAGCAGCGUGUGUUUGGAGCGGCUGGAUGCGGCUCAGGUUAUGCAGCUCUGCGUCCGCUACCAGGACCACCUGCACCAGUGUGCCGAGGCCGUGGCCUUCGACCAGAACGCCCUGGUCAAGAGGAUCAAAGAGAUGGACUUGUCGGUGGAAACCUUGUUCAGCAUAAUGCAGGAGCGCCAGAAGCGUUACGCCAAGUACGCCGAGCAAAUCCAGAAGGUCAACGAGAUGUCGAUGAUCCUGAGACGCAUCCAGAUGGGCAUCGACCAGACGGUGCCGCUGAUGGAGCGCCUCAACAACAUGCUGCCUGAGAGCGAGCGUCUGGAGCCCUUCAGCAUGAGGCCUGAUGGGGAUUCUGCCACCAAGUAGCCUCUUCAAACCUGUACAGCUGCUUCUAAUCCCAGUCUCCAUCCGGUCCGGUGGCCAGGAGGAAGUGCAGGUCUGUCCGGCUGUAGGGAAUACCCAUUAAAAGUUCUGUUUUCAUAAUUAAGGUAGAGCUAAGGUGUAAAUGAGUGAGACUGCUGUCGUCAGCUCUCCAGGUCAGUCCUUAAAGGGAUAGUUUGGUACUUAUCCACAGUCAGGAGUACCAGAAAGAAAGCUGAACAAUGUCCUGCUAAAAAAAAAAUCUAUCUCAGUUUGAGUGUGCACUUUAUUUUCUAAUAUUUUUACCUCUUUACUUUGCCAUCUCACAGCCCUGUUUAAGUUUACAUGGAGGGAACUGAAACUUUUAUCUAUGCUCUCCUUAAAACCACCAGACUCAAGUGGCAAAUAAACCCGUUUCUGAGCUGCAGAGCUGCAGCAGUUAGUUGCCUAAUCGGUUGUUCAAUUGACAGAAAAACGAUCCUUUUGAGAUUUGAUGAAUCGUUUAAGUAAUUUUUAGUGCCAAAAAGGCUCUUUUCAGCCUCUCAAAGAUGUAGAUCUACAGCUUUUCUCUGUUUUAUAUCAUAUAAAACUGAUUAUCUUUGGGAUAUGGAAGGACA